GCGAAAUGUUUUUACUAAAACAUUGAAAUUAUAAGUUAUCAUAUUUGAAUUAUCAGAGGUUAAAAAUAUCUUAAAGGAAGGAUAUAAGAUUGUUGCACAUGAGUGAAAUAAAAGCUAAAACGAGUUCUGAAAAUGGUACCAAUGUCGAAGAAAAAGAAGAAUCUACUGGACUUAACAAAGAGUCCAACAAACCAGAAUUUUUUAAUGCAGGUAAACAAUAUGCAGCAUCAUUUAAAAUUAAACGAAGAACUAACAAACAUUUAAGAAAAUUACAUAACUUGAAAUACUUAGAGACAGCAAGUAAAUCUAACACCAGACAUAAGAUGAAACAAUCAUCUAAAAGCAAUUCAUUUUCAUUACCAAAAGAAUCUAUUGCAAAUGAAAAAAAAUCAACCGCAUCAUCUUAUGUUCAAAAUAACUUUUUUAUGUCAAGCACAGAUGUAACACAGCUGAGAAAUUCAUCCGAAAGUUCACUUCAUAUUACAAAAGCUGUCACUGGAAUACCACUACAUGCUACAGAAGUAUAUAUGAAUAAAACUACUGUUUUAAAAUACACUCAGAGAUACUUGACUAGUGACAAUGAUAGUCUUGCAAGCACUAUAAUAGACUUAGAAAAAAUAGCUCGUCUCAAUAGGCUAUCAAAAUAUGAUUCUAGUGACUAUAGUAUAAGCAGUUGUAAUUUAAUCAUAUCCGACUCUACAAGUGGUAGUGACACUUUCGUUAGGGAAUCGAGCAAUGAGUUGAUUCGUAUUAUAAAAUCAGAUAACACAUUAAAAGGUUCAUGUAAUAGCAACCAAAGCAGUCACUCCGAUAUCCCAAAUAUGAAAACACUUCCAAAAGUCACUAUAAAACAGUCUGUUUUGAACAAUAAGAAUGAUCAGGCUAAUACACAAAAUAAAAUUGAAGAUAAUAUUGUUACUAAUAAUGUAGAUAAUAAAACUGCAAUAAAUUCUUUAAAGACUACAGAAAACUAUGAUGAUGCUCCAUUAUAUCCAAAGAUAGACAAAAUAGUCGUUGACAUUCCAACAACAAGCCGAGACGAGAUGAAAUAUCAUGCUUUCCUUAAUAAUCAAAUGAUCACAACAGAAGAUCCACUCACGCUAAUGCUAAGGAGUAAAGAUGACAAACUCGUUAAAAACAACGAGAAUGCUGUCUUUGUUAAAACGGAUAAAAGUAUCACAGAAAUUCCGUUACCGAACAAUGAGAAAUCAGGCAAAAAAUGUAUCGAUGAACUGCGUUGUUUCUCAUCGUUGACUGAUCUCUGGGAUAAGUUAGCAAUAUACUUCGAUGUAUCGUUGAAAAGAAUGGAAAUAUCACUGACAGAAAAGAUACUGAGCGAAAUAAAACGAUCGUACGACAAAAUUGAGAAAUACGCUACCGAACAGACCCAGUCAAAACUGAAUUCCAUAAAAUCAAAAAUUGAAAUCGAAAACAAACCCAGCGACGUUAAAUCAAACAAAACGAAACAUGAUUAUCUAAGCGAAUUCAUUCAAUGCAAUAUACAGAACCAAAUCGAUAAACUACCAUUUAAAAUGAAUAUUGGAGACGUGAAAAUUAAUCUAGAAGAUACCCUCGAAGCGAAGCAGCUUAAGAAACCACCGUUCAAGCAGUAUUUGGACACGAUAAAACCUUUAGGAGUUCUGAAAAAGAAAGCAGAAGCAGAUUAUGAAGACGCAACUCGGAAUAAUGAAAAUAGAGGUAAUGAUAACAAUAUACCUGGUAACAGAAGAGCAAUAGUCAAAACUAUAAGGUUUGUAAGAACCAAUGCUGUUGUUAUAAGCGGUGUUCCAAUAUUUUUUUUGGCACUGAUUGUUAUUUAUGGUAUUAUAUUGUGGGUAAUAAAGAUUGUGAAAAUUUACAAAACUUUUAGACAUUAAAAACGCUUGAAAAU